UCAUGGCGAUGGGACAUCUGAAUCAGUCCGCGUCACCUGUGGGAUAGCGCCGAGUUACCCAGUCGAACAUCCGCGCAUCAUCUGCCCUCAGUAGUGCGCUCAUGACGAGCAACUAACUUGUGACACGGUUUGAAAUGUCACCGGACAGCUGAGAACUUAGAUUAUAGUGACAGGAUUUAACCAAGAGGAAAAACUUCGGUUGCCAUGUCUCUCCUCUGCGUGAGAGUUAAGAAAGCCAAACUCCAAGGACCUCCAGAUAAAUUCAAUGCUUAUGUGACACUGAAAGUGCAAAAUGUGAAAAGUACCACCAUCACUGUGAGGGGAGACCAGCCAUGCUGGGAACAGGACUUCAUGUUCGAGAUCAGUCGGCUGGACCUGGGCCUCAUUGUAGAGGUGUGGAACAAAGGUCUCAUCUGGGACACCAUGUUAGGAACAGCCUGGAUCCCACUCAAAAGCAUCUGCCAUUCAGAGGAGGAGGGCCCUGGUGAAUGGAUAUUUCUGGACUCUGAAGUUCUGAUGAAGGCAGAUGAGAUUUAUGGGACUAAAAACCCAACGCCACAUCGAGUCCUGCUGGACACUCGCUUUGAACUGCCCUUCGAAAUCCCAGAGGAUGAGGCUCGAUACUGGACGGGCAAACUGGAACGCAUCAAUGCUAUGGGCAUUCAUGAUGAGUUUCCUUUACAGGAUGAAGUAGCAGGACGCCCUCUACCCUGUGCUGCCUCUCAAUGCUCUCUGGAUGACCUGGACAGUGCGGUGGAUGACAGAGACAGUGACUACAGGAGUGAGACGAGCAGUAGUUUACCUCCUCGCUACCACACUACAGCCCAGCCCAACUCUUCACUUCACCAGUAUCCCAUGGGGCCACGCUUUCAGCAGCACAUGGAUUCCUGUGCUGACUCUUUGCACAGCUUUGAAUUUGACUAUAGGGAUCACCAUGCAAGCAGUCCUGUGGACUCCAGUCGUUUUGGAUCUUCAGGGAACCUCAGCCAAGCUAGUUCUCAGCUUAGUGAGACUGGUCAGGAAAGUGCUCCCUGUUCAGAGUUAGAGGAGUCCUACCAUUCCUACCACAGUACAGGCUAUCGACCAUCCAGAAAUGGGCAUCAUCCUACCAAUGGACAUACUUCCUGGGGAGAAGAUGAGGGAUUGAAAUCUUCCCAAGAAAACGGAAAGGGUAUAAGCAGCACCGUAAAAAAGGAAGUGGUUACUCAAGUGGACAAAAUGCCUGAUAAAUCUGUCAAAGGCUUCAGGGAUGAUGGAACGCCUUUGCCAUUCUCUCCAUCCCGAUUGCGUUGGCUUAAGGCAAUCAACAAAGUGAGAGUUCAGCUUAAGGAGGGCAAAGAAAAUGGAGAUAAUUCGAGACAUGCUUGGAUUAAAGCUGGAAAUGGGAGUGGAAUAUUUGGAAUUGACAGUAUGCCAGACCUGCGAAAGAAAACUAUACCUCUUGUUAGCGAUGUGUCUCUGGUCCAAGCCAGGAAGGCUGGUAUUGCAUCUGCGAUGGCCUCACGUUCCUCCAUAAAAGAUGAAGAACUGAAGAACCAUGUGUAUAAGAAAACUCUGCAAGCUUUAAUCUACCCCAUUUCUUGUACAACACCUCACAACUUUGAGGUGUGGACGGCCACAACGCCCACCUACUGUUACGAGUGUGAGGGCCUUCUUUGGGGCAUCGCGCGGCAGGGCAUGCGCUGCACAGAGUGCGGGGUCAAAUGUCACGAGAAGUGUCAGGAGCUGCUAAAUGCAGACUGUCUGCAGCGUGCGGCUGAAAAGAGCUCCAAACAUGGUGCUGAGGACCGCACUCAGAACAUCAUUAUGGCCAUGAAGGAUCGCAUGAAGAUUCGUGAGAGGAACAAGCCUGAGAUCUUUGAGGUCAUCCGAGAUGUGUUUGUGGUCAGCAAGGCCAUCCAUGCUCAGCAGAUGAAGACCAUCAAGCAGAGCGUCCUGGAUGGAACAUCCAAGUGGUCAGCCAAGAUCACCAUCACAGUUGUCUGUGCUCAAGGACUGCAGGCUAAAGAUAAGACUGGCUCCAGUGACCCCUACGUGACCGUCCAGGUGGGUAAAACUAAAAAGAGGACCAAGACGAUCUACGGCAACCUCAAUCCAGUUUGGGAGGAAAAGUUUCAUUUUGAAUGCCACAACUCUUCUGAUCGCAUCAAAGUUCGUGUUUGGGAUGAAGACGACGACAUAAAGUCGCGAGUGAAGCAGCGUUUGAAGAGGGAAUCUGAUGAUUUCCUGGGCCAAAGCAUCAUUGAGGUUCGCACGCUGAGUGGAGAAAUGGACGUCUGGUACAACCUCGAGAAAAGAACGGACAAGUCUGCUGUUUCUGGUGCCAUCCGUCUUCAGAUCAGUGUUGAAAUUAAGGGUGAAGAGAAAGUGGCCCCCUACCAUGUCCAGUACACCUGUCUUCAUGAGAACCUCUUUCAUCACAUCACAGAUGUCCUCGGUCAGGGUGUGGUGAAAAUUCCAGAAGCCCGUGGCGACGAUGCCUGGAAGGUUUACUUUGACGAUGUGCCACAAGAGAUAGUGGAUGAAUUUGCAAUGCGAUAUGGGAUUGAAUCCAUCUACCAGGCCAUGACGCACUUUGCAUGUCUCUCGUCUAAGUAUAUGUGUCCCGGGGUCCCUGCUGUGAUGAGCACCCUGCUGGCCAACAUCAACGCCUACUACGCCCACACCACUGCAUCCACCAAUGUCUCUGCUAGCGACAGAUUUGCUGCAUCCAACUUUGGGAAAGAAAGGUUUGUCAAGCUUUUGGAUCAACUGCACAAUUCCCUGCGCAUUGACCUAUCAAUGUACCGAAACAACUUCCCUGCAAGCAGUAAGGAACGAUUACAGGACCUCAAAUCUACAGUGGACCUGCUGACCAGCAUCACCUUCUUUAGAAUGAAGGUCCAGGAACUGCAGAGUCCCCCGAGAGCCAGUCAAGUUGUGCGAGACUGUGUCAAAGCCUGCCUCAACUCCACAUAUGACUACAUCUUCAACAAUUGUCAGGAGCUGUACAGUCGCCAGUAUCCUCAGAUCGGAGACACGCAUAAGGAGGAGUGCACCCCAGAAGAUCAGGGCCCAAGCAUUAAAAACUUGGACUUCUGGCCCAAACUCAUCACCCUUAUAGUGUCCAUCAUUGAGGAGGACCGUAACUCCUACACCCCUGUCUUAAACCAGUUUCCUCAGGAACUAAGUGUUGGGAAAUUGAGUGCAGAGGUCAUGUGGAACCAGUUCUCUCAGGAUAUGAAGUAUGCCAUGGAAGAACAUGAAAAACACAGACUGUGUAAGAGCGCGGACUACAUGAACCUGCACUUCAAGGUCAAAUGGCUGUAUAAUGAAUAUGUGAAGGAUCUGCCAGCCUUCAAGGGAGUUGUGCCCGAUUACCCCACCUGGUUCCAGCAGUUUGUGCUGCAGUGGCUGGAUGAGAAUGAGGAUGUGUCCAUGGAGUUCAUGCAUGGAGCCCUGGAGAGAGAUAAAAAAGAUGGAUUUCAGCAGACGUCGGAGCAUGCUCUCUUCUCGUGUUCGGUGGUGGACGUCUUCACCCAGCUUAACCAGAGUUUUGAGAUCAUCAAGAAACUGGAGUGUCCCGACCCCAAAGUCAUGGCCCUCUACAGCCGCCGAUUUGCUAAGACCAUUGACAAAGUUCUGCUGCAGUACAGUGCCAUUUUGAAGAAGAGUUUCCCGUCCUACUGUGAUAAGGAGAAGAUCCCAUGCGUCUUGAUGAAUAAUGUCCAGCAGUUGCGUGUCCAGCUUGAGAAGAUGUUUGAAUCUAUGGGUGCCAAACAGCUGGACACAGAGGCCAGUGAUAUCCUUAACGAUCUCCAGGUCAAACUGAACAACGUCUUGGACGAGCUGAGCAGCACAUUUGGAAACACUUUCCAGAGCCGCAUUGAUGACUGCAUGCGUCAGAUGGCCAGUCUGCUGUACCAGAUCAAGGGUCCUGUGAAUGCCAACACCCGUAACCAGGUGGAGGCCGACUCUGAUAACAUGCUGCGGCCACUGAUGGACUUCCUGGAUGCAAAUCUGAUGCUGUUUGCCUCGGUGUGUGAGAAAACCGUGCUGAAGAGAGUGCUGAAGGAGCUGUGGAGGAUUGUGAUGAACAGUCUUGAGAAGACCAUCAUCCUUCCUCAGGGCAAUGACACCUUUGGAAUGAUCUUUUCAGCCGCUAAAGAACUGGGUCAGCUCUCCAAACUCAAGGAUCACAUGUCUGGUGAAGCCAAAAGCUUGACACCCAAGCAGUGUGCGGCCAUGGACGUGGCCCUCGAUACCAUAAAGCAAUACUUCCAUGCUGGAGGAAAUGGUUUGAAAAAGACCUUCCUAGAGAAGAGUCCUGAACUGUCCUCGCUGAGACAUGCACUGUCCCUCUAUACCCAGACCACCGACACACUCAUCAAGACAUUUGUAACUACUCAGCAUGCUCAAGUGCAUAAUGGGAAGGGUAUGAGGAUAACACCUAGUGAGAAAAUACAGCCGUCCAGGGGCUCAGGAGUUGAUAAACAAGUAGGGGAAGUAUCCAUACAGAUUGACCUCUUUACUCACCCGGGCACAGGGGAGCAUAAAGUUACAGUUAAAGUCGUGGCUGCUAAUGAUCUGAAGUGGCAGACAUCUGGGAUGUUUCGGCCAUUUGUGGAGGUCACCAUGAUCGGCCCUCAUCUCAGUGACAAGAAACGCAAGUUCACCACCAAAUCGAAGAACAACAGCUGGGCGCCCAAAUUCAAUGAGACUUUCCAUUUUAUUCUUGGCAACGAAGAUGGGCCGGAGUGUUAUGAGCUCCAGGUGUGUGUGAAGGACUACUGCUUCGGCCGCGCGGACCGUGUGGUCGGUAUCGCCGUCAUACAGUUGCGUGAUGUCGCGCCGAGGGCCAGCUGCGCCUGCUGGUGUCCACUAGGUCCACGGAUACACAUCGAUGACACGGGCCUCACCGUCAUGCGCAUCCUCUCCCAGCGCUCGGGUGACGAGGUGGCCAAAGAGUUUGUGAAACUCAAGUCUGAGACUCGCUCAGCCGAGGAGGGGAGGUGAGGAUGUUCUUUGACAGCAGAAGACAAUCUGAGACUCUUAAGUUUUGGACAGAUGUCAACACUUUCAUCUUUCUGUGUCCACAUCAAUGUUUUUGCUGCCCACUCACACCCACAGAGAAGGGCUUUCAGCAGCACAAGAGAGGCCAUGUGACAUGUUUUAUAAAGAGCACUGUUAGUUCAGCAGUGGAUGAGGGGGAGUCAUCCACAUAAACACAAUGAACACAUUAUUCUUUUCAUAUAUUGGAUGUAAAAUUAAAAAACACAUUCACACAUCCAGCCACUAACAAACUAGCAAAGGACUAGUCAGGUUAGACACCAUGUUUUACUUGAUGAAAAUGAAACGAUACUGUGAAGGAUGGAUAUACAGUACUGGGUUGUAUUGUGCCAAAAUUUGUCGAAUUAGUAGUUUGUUGUCCGUUGGAUAUUUUUGGCAAAAAUUAAAUAUACAAUUUAGUGCUGUGCAAUGAUAAAUUACAAUUAAUUGCAUCCAAAAUAAAAGUUUUUGAUUACAUAAUAUAUGUACAGCGUAUAUUUAUUAUGUAUAUAUAAAUACACAUACAGUAUAUAUUUCGAAAAUAUUUACAUGUAUAUAUUUUAUUGAUAUAAUUAAUAGUACAUAUAAAUAUAUUUAAUAUAUUAACAUAACAUAUUCUGCUUAAAUAUAUCCGUGCAUGUGUAUUUAUAUGUACAUAAAUAAAUAUACACAGUACACAACUUUUAUUUUGGAUGCGAUUAAUCAUAAUUAAUCAUUGCACAGCAGUAAUACAAUUACAUAUUAAAUAUAAUUACAUAUUACAUUAAAUUAAACUAUUUUAAAAUAAGAAAUACAAUAUUACAUUUAUAAUAAAUCCUGUUUUAAGAUCAUUUGUACAUUGAAAUUAUUUUCUUUGUUUAUUUCUAAUUCUGAAACUCUCAUAUUUAUUUGUUAAUUGAUUCACUAAUAAUUGCAAUAGGGAUUUUUUUUUAUUACAGGUUAAAUCAAAAUAAAUUAAAUGCCAUACAAUAAAUAUGCAUUUAAUAUGUAGACAGUACAAAAACGACUAUGAUUCUAUAUGAAUAUAUUACUGUUUAAUAUAUGACUUCACCUUUUUGAAAAAUAAAAAUAGAAUUAAAUAAUAUCAUAAAAAAUUAUUAAUAUAAAAUAAAUAAUAUAAAUGUAUUGCACAAUGGAAAUAAUCUUAGUAAUUAAAAAUGUAAAAAAAAAUAUUUUGCAGUUGAACUUUUACCCUUUUUUAAUGAAAUGCCUUCAUUUUCAUUGUUUUCAUAAAUGUAAUAAUAAUUGCAAAAAGUAAAAUCAGGCAUGUCUAUCCCUCAUAAACGUCAUGUGUCUAUCCCCGGUUUAAAGUCCUUCGACCUUCAACAAAUAGAUGGCGCUGUGAGUGUGGUGGGUCAUUAUUUUAGUCUGUUGUAGAAUACAGAGAUUCCACAUCCAUUCGUGCACUUUUUUUUUCUUUGUAAACACCCCUUUUGCCAUGUUUAUUGCCUUAUUUUGUUGAUGCUGUGAAUGUGUCAAGUUGAAAUGUAAUGAUUCUGAUUGUUUUGAACGUUGUGACUCCUGAGACAGUGUUUGUGUCCUAGGGGCCAAAUCUCAUUCACCUAGUGUUGUGAAGUGAUUAGUUGCACGAAUGAAUCAGAAUAAGUAAUCCAAACGGACAACCUGGGGAGAAAAAGUUUGUAGAGAAGUAUCAUAAACAUUUCACACCAUUACAAAGUCAGCUCACGUGUCCGUCAGCCGAAAGUGUGCCUUUAUUACAGGCUUUGUGACUGCUCAAGAUAAUGGAUGACCUGUUUGCACCUCAGCCCACUGAUCUUCUGCCUCUUACGGUCACCAUUCAUUUCAAAAGCAAGCGGCACUUCAGCCAUCGUCGGUGACCAGUAGGUGGCAGCAAUAAUCUCAAGUUCACAUUUACACACACCAAAUGACAAUGCGGCAUCAUAGGACAGUAUUGAAGCUAAAAUGUGUGAAUGCUUUGAUGGGCUGUCAUGUAAUAUUUUUCAGUACUUUAUAUUUAUGUAGUGGAAAGCAAGUGCUGGAAAAUCAGCACAAGCUGGGGUGAAAAUAUGAAAGGUAACCUAUAUCAGAUCAAGCUCAAAUAUGAUGAUACAUGUUUUGUUUUUUUUUUCAUUUCAAAGCGGCCUUAUUUUAUCUGUUCUGCUAUUUUCUAUUUAAAAGAUUUUAACUUUUUUUUUUCUUUUUCCCUUUUAAGUAAAGAUGAGUUAAUCCCUUUUUCUGCGAUGUCUUGUUGUUACUCUUUCUUCAUAUUGAUUGACUUUCUUUAAAUGUUCAUUUGAGGAAUUUUGUACUGUGUUGUGCUGUGUUUUUCCAGAAACUCGAACUGCAAAAACAAAGAGGAAAAAGACAGUAACACUAGAUGUGUCCCCUCAUUUGUUGCCUGUGCAAAAAAGUCUCACCUUGUUAAUCCAAAUUUUAAUGUAAAAAUAUUGUAUUUUUCACAAAACACUGCCAAUAUGUAAAAUGUAUGUUGAUAUUGCCAAUCGUUAUUGUGACUGUUGAACCUGUUAUUUAUUUCUGUACAUUUUUCACUUCUAUCUCUGUGUCACUUUAUAUACUAUUACCAUUGUUUAGGCCAGCAGUGUUUGGACUGUAUUUUAGGAGGGAACUGUCACUCUUUGUAAUAUACACAUUCCUCGUGCCAACUUGUUAAAGUUCUCACUUUUUUUUUUUUUUUUAAUCUUAAAACAAUAUUGACAAUUACUGGCAUGUAUGGGACUUGAUGAGUUUACUCACAUUUUUGAAGUUAUAUUGGUAUUGUACACAGUCACUGACAAGGAAAAAUGUGUUAUUAAAAUGUUUGUGCACACUCCAACAAAUGAAUUUAUACAUAAAAUAUCUUA